CGAAGCACCACAGAUGAACAACAGACUCUCCACAUCUAACCACCUGGCGUGGGUUCAACCUCUUUAAACUCCGUGUACCUCGGCCGCUCAGUGAGAUCACCUAACGUGUACCAAGCAGACCCUGUGGGGAGCACACAUCAGUCUCCGGGUCAGAUCUGGAGACUGCCUUCCUGGGAAGCAGACACGGGGAGUGGUUCUGGGAGGAAGGAGGAGUCUGACCGGAGCCACGGGCCCAGGGCGGCUCUGUCGCCGAAAGCUUCGGAUGCUGCUUCCCUCUGGUGGUGAUCGCUUGCCCUGCAGCUCAGACCACGUGAUUUCUAGGAACUGCACCUCCCUGGAGGAGAACUGAAACUUAGGGUGGGGACUGUAGAAAGGGGAGGAGAGAUCAGAAACAGCCUAGAACAAGCAGAGCCUGGUACAUCCUCGGUCGCUCAGGUGUGAUAACUUGGAAUUUUAGAAAGAAAUUUUAAGAAUUAGUUUCUACCUCGGAGAAUGCUGCUAGAGAGAAAAGAACAUGGAAGGGUCUUCAGGGAAGGGCCUUUGCAUGAAGUUGGCCCUGGUGGUCAGAGGAUGGCCACAGGCAAAGCACGCUGUACCCGAAAGCUCCGGAACUGGAUAGUGGAACAGGUGGAAAGUGGGCAGUUCCCAGGGGUGUGCUGGGACGACGCAGCCAAGACCAUGUUCCGGAUUCCCUGGAAGCACGCAGGCAAGCAAGACUUCCGAGAAGACCAGGAUGCUGCCAUAUUCAAGGCCUGGGCACUGUUUAAGGAAAAGCACAAAGACGGGGACAUAGGAAACCCUGCUGUCUGGAAGACUCGCCUACGCUGUGCCCUCAACAAGAGUUCCGAAUUUGAGGAGGUUCCCGAGAGAGGCCGGAUGGAUGUUGCAGAACCCUACAAAGUAUAUCGAAUACUGCCAGCAGGAACCCUCCCCACCCAACCAAGAAACCAGAAAUCGCCAUUCAAGCGAAGUAUCAGUUCUGUGUCACCUGAGAGGGGAGAGUGUAAGGAAAAUGGGAUUGUAAGCCACUCAGACAGCGGCAGCAAUGUCUGUGGUGGUGGCAGCAACGGUGGCGGCAGCAGUGACAGCUGUGGCAGCACCAGCAGCUCUGAGCUAGAGGAAGGAGCUGGCACAACUGAAGCCACCGUUCAAGAGGACCCAGUGUUCAUGGAGAAUCCGCUUCCUCCGAACUCAGACUACUCGCUGCUGCUCACCUUCAUCUAUGGCGGGCGCGUGGUGCAUGAGAUCCAGGUGCACAGCCUAGACUGUCGGCUUGUGGCUGAGCCCUCAGACCCGGAGAGCAGCAUGGUGCAGCAGGUGGUGUUUCCCAGACCUGACCCACUGGAGCCCACCCAGAGCCUGCUGAAUCAGCUCGAGAGAGGCAUCCUGGUGGCCAGCAAUUCCAGAGGCCUCUUUGUUCAGCGCCUCUGCCCCAUCCCCAUCUCCUGGAACGCACCCGAGGCCCCACCUGGGCCUGGGCCUCAUCUGCUGCCCAGCAAUAAGUGUGUGGAGCUCUUCAGUACCACAUACUUCUGUAGAGAUUUGGCCCAGUACUUCCAGGGCCAGGGACCUCUACCCAAGUACCAAGCAACACUGCAUUUCUGGGACAGGAGUCCUAGCUCUAGCCAUACCCAAGAGAAUCUUAUCACGGUGCGGAUGGAGCAGGCCUUUGCCCGAAAUUUACUAGAGAAGAUUCCAGAAGAGGAGAAAGCUGCCUUGUUCCUGGUACAGCACACAGAGCACCAACCUGCCACUCUCGCACUCUGAUCCUCGGGUCCCCGUUGAAAUAGACUUGUUCUCCACACCGUUGGUCUGCCUGCUUUCGUGAUGAUUCUUAUCACUGUGGGCUUUCCAAUGUGGCCAAGAGAAAGUGCAAGGAUAACUUUUAUCUUCAAAAACUAUUCUGAGAGCCAGACUCGUUGGUGGAUAUUCAUAAUCUCAGCACUGGAUUAUGAGUUCAAGGACAACCUGGGGGAGACUUCUAUUUCCUUUUUCUAAAGCUAUAUCUUCUUUCAUUUCUAAGAAACUGGAAAGUUCCAAAGGGUGUGAUCUCAGAGGAAAUUUUGCUAUCCUCCCAAUCCCUAACUCUAAACCUAAGCUGUAUGUAUGUGUGUAUGUAUAUAUAUAAAUAUAUAUUUCCCCCCUCAGUUCUCACUAGAAUAAAAUAAAAUUUAGCUGGGUGAGGUAGUACACACUCGGCACAUAGGAGUGUAUGUGCAGAGGCAGGAAGAUUGUGAGUUCAAAUUCAAGGCCAGCCUUGGUGAUACUGUCUGUCUCCAAACAGUAAAUAAAAGCUUACUAAGAGAGAGAGAUCAGGAUCUGAUUCGUUAGGAGAGGGUGGCAGGGGUUAAGAUGGAGACCAAGGUACCCAGUAUCUGGGUUCUCUGUCACAUGGUGUUUCUGGGCCUAGCCAGAGUGCCAUAGUCUCUAACCCAUGGUGAUUUCUCCUGCCCUAGCCUCCUGAGUGUUGGGGUUCUGGGUGUACACCACUAUGCCUGGCCGUACCCCCAUGUCUCCCUCCCUUUACUCUUUUUUCCAGUUGACCUUCCCGCCCCCCUUUUUUUUUCAGACUUGACCUGGUACUUCGAGGGUAAGGGGCCCCCACCCAAGUUACAGGCAACUGAGAUUGGAUUGGGGUCAACCUCUAAGACAGGCACUGUUGCCUACAGGCAGACAGCACUAUAGCCACAAGGCGGUUUGAAUGAGAUUAGCCUCCAUAGGCUCAUAUGUGAAUUCUUGGUCCUCAGUGGACCCACCUGGGAAAGGUCAGGAGGUGUGGCGUUGGAUGAGGUGUGUCAGUCACUAGCCAUGGGCUUUGAGGUUUCCCUGCUAGCACACUCUCUGUGUCUCGUGCUUGUAAAUCAGAUGUAAGCUCUCAACCCCAGUACCAUUCCUGGCUGCCUGCCUGCUGCUGUGUUCACUGCCGUUUUGGUCACGGACUCUAAGCCUUUAGAAAUGUGAGCCCCAAAUUAAACUUUGUCAUUCCUAA